UUGAGCAAUUGUCGAAUGUCAAACAGGUGUUUUCAUGAGGUGGCUUGAAGAGCAACGAGCUGGAUAGCGAGGGCGAAUUGUGCGUACAUUUUCAGUAAUUUCCGGCCAGCUGAUUAUGCUGCUUUAAAAGCAUACAGUUUUCGUCCAAUUCCUGGUGAAGGUGUAACGCGUAAGCGCUCAGAAUUUACUCGCCAGCUCGUGUUACGUGUCCGGGCUAUCAGUGACCGAUCGCGACAACAAAUCGCGGAACGAACCCACCUCCCUUCAAGUCAUACCCGAUUCGAACGUCGACGGUGAAACAGCAUCAUGCUCCGACUGGCGGUUACAUCACGGUUCCUCUGCCAACGGCUCGUCCGGAGGGAAGUUGGAAGUAGCUUCACCAUUUCCUCGGCCAACAUUUCCGCGUUCACCAGCGCCAGACGGACGGCUCACACGCACGGGAUUAGCAGCGCAAGAUCGUUGUCCACCUCGCAGCCAAAGUUGCAAAGUGAAGAGGUGGAAGUAACGUUCGUGCGAGCCAAUGGAGAACGCGUGAAGGCAAAGGGCAAGGUGGGCGAUUCGCUGCUGGAUGUCAUCGUGAACAACAACAUCGACUUUGAAGGUUUCGGUGCGUGCGAAGGCACGUUGACUUGCUCCACGUGCCAUCUGAUCUUCUCGAAACCGGACUACGACCGGUUACCGGAGAAGCCAAGCGACGAGGAGCUAGAUAUGCUGGAUCUGGCGUACGAGCUAACCGACACGUCCCGGCUCGGUUGCCAAAUCACGCUCUCGAAGGACCUAAAGGGGCUUGAAGUGCGCGUACCGGCUACGAUCAACGAUGCCCGUAGCUAAGGACCGUAGAAGUUCAUCAUUGCGCAUUCCUAGCAUCUUCCGGCAAAUGAACAAAACGCACUCAGGACACACACACAUGCACACACAUACAGCUUACGGCACGCCUUCGGUCGGCUUUUCAGUUUAUGCUAGUUCAAGUCUCUUCUAAGUCUUUGCAUAUCGAUAGCUUUAUUGUUUUGUUUGCGUACUUUACGUGUUCCUUCCAGUUGUAAAUAUGUGUCCAGCGAUUAUUUACCAACCCUUUCUGACCCAUAUCGUCUUAGACGGAAAGCUUAACAUGCACUGAUUUAAUCGAGACCCAGGUUCUUGAUCCAGGCACGCAACGAGCAUGUUUUAUUCAUUUAAACAUUCUGUUCCCGCUCCGCGUACCGCACAGCUGCAGGGUGCUGUUUUUAAGAUGCAGUAUUCGUUUAAUGUUUAUUCGAUCGGAAGAGUCAGUUCAGAGGUGGAGCUAAACGAAAACACCAUACGGCUGGUACAAUAUGCACACAGAGCAUGUUAACGAAUCGUCUUUCGAAUCGUGAAUGCUAGAAGGUUUGCUGCCACACAUUCGGUUGGGCAGAUUUUUAUGAAUAAAUCGCAAGAACAAAUCGCUGUAAAUAGGAUGUUAAAAAAACUGUUGUUGGAAAUGGAAGUUUUAAACUAGCCAUUCAGUGGAUCCGCUUCUUAUCAUGGGAAAAAAAAUCAAAAUAAAAUUUAUUUAAAAAAAUUAAA